CAUAAACUGACAUGCUCAAGGUCUACAGCUUCCCCAUAUAGACAAACAUGGCAAGGCUGUUGUUGUUUAGCAUUUUCUUUAAAGACGCAGUAAUUGUCUGUCUAAUUUUAAACCUCUUAAGCGAUGCGCAUCAAGAGAAACACUUCUUGUACUACAAGUUUACAGUCCUGACUAAAGCAGACACAUUCCCAGAGUUCAGUGCUGAGGUUGUUGCUGAUGACAGACGGAUCAAACACUUCAGUGAUGAAGAAAGAGUCUGGAUUCUGACUGAAGAUGACUGGACUGAACCUCCAGAUCCACCUGAUUCUAGAAACUGGUUCAUUCAUCAGAUCAGGACUCUGACAAACUGCACAAACUCACAGUGUUCUGAGCUUCAUGUUCUUCAGAGAAUAAUUGGCUGUGAACUGGAGAAACUUCCUGAUGGAACAGUGAAUCUGACUGUCUUUGAUGAAUAUGGAUUUGAUGGAGAGGAUUUUAUAUCCUUUAAUUCUGACACUAUGAAGUGGAUUGAUAAAAACCCCAAAGCCAAAGAAACUAAAGAGAAAUGGGAUCUUCACACAGGACGAAAUCAAGUCCUUAAACAUUUCCUCAAAAACUGCAUUGACUGGAUCUCAACAUUUAUGAACACAAAAAAGUGUAAACCAAACAUUCACAUCUCUGCGAGGAAAGCUCCUGAUGAUGACAGUAAUCUGGUUCUGACGUGUCUGGCCACUGGUUUCUACCCCAGAGAUGUUCAGAUGAACAUUAGAUUGAACAGAAACAUCCUUGAGGAUCAAACAUCUUCUGGAAUCAGACCAAAUGAUGAUGAAACCUUUCAGAUGAGAAUCAGUGUGAAGAUCAACAGAAAUCAUGAAGGAUCUUAUGACUGUCUGCUCAUUCACAGCAGUCUGACUGAACCAGCUUCAGUAAACUUUGAUGAAAAAUGUUUUGACCGUGGAACAGAAUCUCUACGGCAGAAUCGCUGUUGCAGAAUCUGUACACCAGGAGCAGUAGCUGCAGUUCUAGCUGUUAGUUAUAGUUUCUCAUUUGUUGGCGAAUUUACAAACAACGAGAACAUCAGAUACAAAAUGAUGAAAAGGAUUUAGAGAAGUCAGAUGGGAGCUAUGCUUGUACUGUAAACAGGUCGAAACAAUAAUUGUAUAAUAAUUUUAUUUUUAUAAAAUGUAUUGCACACAAUAUUUUUUUAAUAUAUAAUAAUAAAUGUGUCUUGUGUGUAUUUA